UCUCACAUAUAUGUAAGCUUGUUUAAGUCUGCGAUCAGUAGUGUUGUAACAUUUAGAUGGACAACAUGUAUCUCGUGUUCGCGCUAUCGUCUUUGAUUUAUAUGGCGGGAGCGUCUCGGGCGCCGUGCGUGGAAUUAAACGAUGGAAAUCUGAUGCCGAUCGUUGCCCUGGGAACUGGUAGGGGCACCGCUAAGGAGAAUGAAUCAGUAGACGAGGUGCGUAAGGCCGUGUUCUGGGCGCUAGAAGCUGGCUAUCGGCAUAUCGACACAGCCGCUGUGUAUGAUGACGAGGAACAAGUCGGCCAGGGGAUAGCUGAGGCGAUACAGAAGAACAUCGUCACUAGAGAAGAUAUAUUCGUUACGACAAAGUUGUGGAACGACAAGCAUCGUCGUGAGCAAGUGGUGCCGGCGCUGCAGGAAUCAUUGAGACGUCUCGGCCUCGCCUACGUCGAUCUCUUCCUCAUACACUUCCCAGUCGCUACUAAAGAAGACGGUUCUGCUGACUACGUGGAUUAUCUGGAAACGUGGCAGGGAAUGGAGGACGCUAAAGCACAGGGUCUGGUGAAGUCCAUCGGCGUCUCCAACUUCAACAUCGACCAGCUGCAGAGACUGAUUGCCGACAGCCGCACCAGACCUGUUGUUAAUGAAGUCGAGACCAGUCCGACUUUCACGCAAGAAUCGAUGGUGGCAUUCUGCAGACAGAAUGGUAUAGUCGUCAUGGGAUACAGCCCCUUCGGUUUCUUCGUGGGCAGGGACAGUAGUAUGAAUAUUGAUAAAUCAGCACUUCUACAAAUUGCCGAGAAAUACGGAAAAUCAUUCGGUCAAGUCAUCCUGAGAUAUUUGAUCGAACGCGGCGUAGUUCCGAUACCAAAGUCAACGAACCCAAAGAGAAUAGCACAGAACAUUGAUUUGUUCGAUUUCAGUUUAACAGAAGAAGAGGUGGCUGUAAUCAGCGGAUACAACACCAACAAGAGGGUCAUUCACCCAGUUGACUGGAAAGACUAUCCUUUCUAUCCUUUUGGACAGGAAUAAUCUAGAAAUUUAAGUUUAAUAAAGUAUAGUUAUUUA